AUGGCGUCACGUGGUCACCACAUAAGUCAAGGCGGUAAUAUGAUAAACGGGCCAUACGGUACGCACAGUGGUGGACUCAAUUACGAUUUCCUUCCGAAUGGACAGUCGUCGACAAAUGGGUCGGGAAAUUCAGGAUCAUCACGACGUGAUCACAAUAUCGACUACUCAGCUUUAUUCGUUCAACUUGCUGGUACAUUUCCAACAUUAUACCGAUGUGUUUCAUGUCAUAAAACAGUUUCAAAUCGAUGGCAUCAUGCUAAUAUUCAUCGUCCACAAAAGCAUGAAUGUCCGGUAUGCCACCAAGUAUUCACUCGUCGUGACAAUAUGAAAGCUCAUUGUAAAGUCAAACAUGCUGAUAGAAAAGAUAUAUUUUAUGGACAUCUUGUACAUAUGUGA